AUGGAGAAUUACGAAGAAGCUUUCAACUGCAGCCGAGAAAACAUCAUCAACCGACUCGUGGAUUCCAUCCACAAGCUCGAGGAGUUCCCCAAUCUGUUCAACGAGGUUGCCGCCGACAUCCAACUUGCGGCAAGCCUACUCGAGAACAACAUCAAGGGCAAUGGCAAGCUCGAAGCCUCUCGCCAAGGCAGCGACGUGCCCACUUGCUUUGAAGCUCGGUGUGACAUGCUUCGAGACGCCAUUAACCGACAGGGCUCAUUACUCGCUGGUCGCUCCCACCUUGUCGCCCACACUUGUACCGCGUUGGAUUAUCUUCGAAUUCAGGUUGGUAGACUGACCCUUCGAUCGCAGGUGAACGACUCUUAUGCAGAGCUGAUGGAGGCAUCUGCUGCUUCACGGGUGUCUAAGGCAGUGACUCGCCAGCCGUUGAAGAAUGAGGUUGAGGAGGGUCAGCUUAAGGAGCUUGAGAAGACUUUUGACAUGUUGAACCAGGUGUUCCCUAACUGCAGCUGCAAACAGUGCACUAAGCGCCGGCUUGUUACGCGCUCUUGA